AUGAGCUCACUGACAGCUCAGCGAGUCACCAAGGAGCGUCACCAUUUCACAACCAGUAACUGCUGCCGCUUCAAGGUCAGCUCCUGGGAGGCCAAAAUCGCAGAGCAAGAGGCUCUGGAAUCCUGUGGGGUGACAGCGUCCCCCCUGUCGCCCCACCGAGCCAAAGCCACGCUCCGCAUCCAUCGGCCCUUCCCGGAGCGCUCCCAGGGCAGGGAAAAUGGGCAGAGGAAAUAUGGGGGACCACCACCGGGCUGGGACGGCCCUCCACCAGAGAGGGGCUGUGAGAUCUUCAUUGGGAAACUGCCCCGAGACCUCUUUGAGGAUGAACUUAUCCCCCUCUGCGAAAAGAUUGGCAAAAUCUACGAGAUGAGGAUGAUGAUGGACUUCAAUGGCAACAACAGGGGCUACGCCUUUGUGACCUUCUCCAAUAAACAGGAGGCCAAGAAUGCAAUAAAGACACUCAAUAAUUAUGAAAUCAGGAACGGGAGACUCCUGGGCGUGUGUGCCAGCGUGGACAACUGCCGCCUGUUCGUGGGGGGCAUCCCCAAAACCAAGAAGAGGGAGGAAAUCCUGGCAGAGAUGAAGAAGGUCACGGACGGCGUCGUGGACGUCAUCGUCUACCCCAGCGCAGCCGAUAAAACCAAAAACAGGGGCUUUGCCUUCGUGGAGUACGAGAGCCACCGGGCAGCGGCCAUGGCCAGGAGGAAGCUGCUCCCAGGAAGGAUCCAGCUGUGGGGACACCCCAUCGCCGUGGACUGGGCAGAGCCAGAGGUGGAGGUGGAUGAGGACACCAUGUCCUCAGUGAAGAUCCUCUACGUGAGGAACCUCAUGCUCUCGACCACUGAGGAGACCAUAGAGAAGGAGUUCAACAGCAUCAAACCAGGUGCAGUGGAGAGAGUAAAGAAAAUUAGAGACUACGCCUUUGUGCACUUUAAUAAAAGAGAACACGCAGUGGAAGCCAUGAAAGCCUUGAAUGGGAAGGUGCUGGAUGGCUCCCCGAUCGAGGUGACCUUGGCCAAGCCGGUGGACAAGGACAGCUACGUGAGGUACACGCGUGGCACGGGAGGCAGGGCCCCGGUGCUGCAGGGGGACUACACCUACACCCUGGGACACCUGUACGACCCCGCCACCGCCUACCUGGGCGCCCCGGUCUUCUACGCGCCCCAGGCCUACGCGGCCAUCCCCAGCCUGCACUUCCCCGCCGCCAAGGGGCUCGGCAACAGGAGCAUCCUCCGGCCCCCCUCCGUCCGAGAAAUUUACAUGAAUGUACCUGUAGGGGCUGCGGGCGUCCGAGGCCUGGGAGGCCGCGGCUACCUGGCGUUCCCGGGGCUGGGCCGCGGAUACCAUCUCAAGGGAGACAAGAGGGGAGAGGAAAAGCUCUACGACCUCCUGCCAGGGAUGGAGCUCACCCCCAUGAACCACGUCACGCUAAAGCCCCAAGGGAUCAAACUCGCCCCUCAGAUCUUAGAAGAAAUCUGCCAGAAAAACAACUGGGGACAGCCUGUGUACCAGCUUCACUCUGCCAUUGGCCAGGAUCAAAGACAGCUCUUCCUCUACAAAAUCACCAUCCCUGCCCUUGCCAGCCAGAACCCCACCAUACACCCCUUCACGCCGCCCAAGCUCAGCGCCUACAUCGACGAGGCCAAGACCUACGCGGCAGAGUACACCCUGCAGACCCUGGGCAUCCCCGUGGAAGGGGCAGAGGUGCCUCCUGCAGCGCCAGCUUUCCCAGGAUACACCAUUGCCAACGCAGCUGCCACUGUCACAGCCACUCAGCUCAAGCAAGCAGUGACACUGGGACAAGAUUUGGCCACGUAUGCGACCUACGAAGCCUAUCCUGCCUUCGCUGUCGCCGCGCGGAGCGACGGCUACGGAGCCUUUUAACCAAAUUCCCUCAAACCCAGCACAGGCAGAAAAGGCAAAGAAAAACAAUCUCAGUCUGGUAAUUCAACACCCUCAUGAUUUUAAGCUAAUCUGUGGCCUAAGGUUCAUUUUAGUCGGAGUUUCAGUCUUGUAGGUCUUUAGUUUUGUAACGGGAUGUUUUGUAACAGUGGGGGAGAAGGAGAAAAUUUUUUAAAUGGUGCAAAAUCAGAUUUUCACACCAGAAAGCAAAAGCUCAGCCCAGGAAAUUAGAGGUUCUCAGGUGUAUAUAUAUAUUUUUAUAUGUAUAUAUAUUUAUACACCUAUUGUGUGUGUGUUUACAAGCAACAACCUGUGCUGAAAACAGUUGGUCCCAUGGCUCUUGUGACAAGGACUGGGGAAGGAUGGGGUGGCCUAGCAAACCCCUCUGUGCACCAGGAAUUCUCCUGCAUCCACCCCAAAGUUUCCCAGGCCAGGCAGAGCAGAAGUGCCCCUUGGCCACAUGAGUUUGCCUCUCCCUGCCCCUGAUACCCCCGUGCCACUCAAGGCUCUUUGAAAUUCUUCUUUGCCAAGGCAAAAAAACAUUUAUUCUAAACAUUUUUGCCCAGCCCAAGAGGCUAAUUUUUAACAGGUUUCUGUGCUAAUUUUAUUUUUAAAGUGGGGCACAAGAAUUCAGCAGAGCUUUCCCUUUUGCUUUGCACCCUCCCAGCCAUAUCUAAAAAUCAGCAAAUACCAGUGUAUUUUUGUG